AUGUCUCAUUUACCCCCUGGCCAUGUUGACGGGCCACUCCCAGAGAAAUCCGGGGACGUCGAAAAACACGGAGAAAACGAAAAUCCACAUAAUGAAGUCCAGAGCAAGCAAUCCGCCUUUAAAAAUCUAGGUCUACUUGACCGCCUCCUCGCAUUAUGGAUUUUCCUCGCCAUGGUCAUUGGAAUCUUAUUAGGAAACUUUGUCCCCAAUACAGGGCCUGCGCUACAAAAGGGGAAAUUUGUUGGAGUAUCUGUUCCUAUCGCGGUCGGCCUUCUUGUCAUGAUGUAUCCUAUUUUGUGCAGGGUUCGAUAUGAGAGUUUGCAUCAUGUCUUCCGCAAACGUGAGAUUUGGAGACAAAUUGCUUUUAGUGUUUUUGUCAAUUGGAUUAUAGCGCCUUUCUUCAUGCUGGCAUUGGCUUGGGCAUUCCUACCUGAUGAGCCAGAGCUGCGAGAAGGUUUGAUUCUCGUUGGAUUGGCGCGGUGUAUCGCUAUGGUCUUGAUCUGGACCGGGCUAGCAGGAGGUGACAACGAAUACUGCGCGAUCCUCGUCGCUAUCAACUCAAUUCUACAAAUGGUCCUCUUCGCUCCUCUAGCAGUUUUCUUCAUCGCAACAAUCAGCCGCGAUUCCUUCGACUUCGAUUACGGGCCUGCCGCCAAAAGCGUCGCUGUCUUUCUUGGUAUCCCUCUCGGAGCUGCAAUCAUCACGCGCUUCACUCUCCGCACCGUCGCCAGUCCAAGAUGGUACGAUGAAGUAUUCAUUAGAUGGGCCGGUCCAUGGUCCCUGAUCGGUCUCUUGUUCACGAUCCUAGUUCUUUUCGCCUCCCAGGGCCAUCAGGUCGUCCAUCAGAUUGUGUCCGUCAUCCGCGUCGCGGCACCGCUGAUCGUUUACUUCGCCGUGAUAUUCUUCAGUACUCUCUUGAUCACAUACAAACUAGGAUUCGGAUACAAACUAGCCGCCACACAGAGCUUUACGGCGGCUAGUAACAACUUCGAGCUUGCUAUCGCUGUUGCUGUUGCCAUUUAUGGGGCUGAUAGUAACCAGGCUCUUGCGGCGACUGUGGGGCCGUUGAUUGAGGUUCCGGUUCUGUUGGGGCUUGUGUAUGGUGUGAGAGCUAUCGCGAACCGGUUGGGGUGGAAGGACUGA